CGACGCCUCCAUGGUGGGUGAAGCGCAGGACAGGAGGCACGUGGGAAGACCUCAGGCAAUGAGACGCCACGACAGACGACUACUUUCGGGAUAAGCUGCGAAUGUCGCCGCGAGUGUUCCAGGAAAUCGUGGAGGCGUGUGCGCCUUAUCUUCAGCGGCGGGUCACGUUCUACAGGGAGCCUUUGCAGCCGGACCAGAUUGUGGCGUACGCACUGUACAGGUGGGCUUCAGGGGAGACGUACGAGAGCAGCACGUGCAACUUCGGGAUUGGACGAGCUUCUGAGCUGAUUGCCGUCCGCGACGUUACUGACGUGCUGCUAAGGGUAUUCGAAGAGAAGAUCGUGUGGCCGACAGGAGUUCGUAAACUCGUCGUUCUGCGGGCGUUUGCUGAUAAAGGGUUCCCCAACUGCCACAGUUGCAUUGAUUGUACUCACAUCGACGUCGACAAGCCGGCGAACGCUCCGAGCGAAAACUACUACGACAGCAAGCGCCGUUUCUCCAUUGUUGCGCAGGUUGUCGUCGACCUGGACUUGCGUGUGCUCGACGUGCACAUGGGAUGCCCAGGUAGCUGCCACGACAUCAGGGUGCUGCAGUUGUCCAGCCUGUCGCUGCGCGCAGAGGAGGGGUCGUUGUUCCGUGGUCCCCCCGUGACACUGCCGUUCAGUGUGAAGACGAACGGGUACGUUCUGGCGGACAAUGGCUACCCCCCUUCGGAAUGGAUGGUCGUCCCGUAUGGAGGCAUCAAUCAUCACGUCGACGAGGAGCGGUUUGACAACAAGCAGAAGGUGGCGAGGGGAGCGGUGGAGAGGGCGUUUGGCAGGCUGAAGGACAAGUGGCAGUUGUUUCUGCGGACACACAAGACAAACUUGGACACGCUCAUGUAGCAGUUCAUCGCCGUGUGCAUACUGCACAACAUACU